UGUCAAUUGUGUCAAUACUGUUUUUGAAACAGUAACAUUUGAGGUUAAGCUUUUGGUCAUUUUCGUGUUUGGAAAACCGCUUCUCAAGCGGUCUUUUCGAAUCAAUGACCAUUGUCUAUAAAAACAAAAAUGACCUGUUAAUUUCUUAAGAGGUAACAUUCAUUGUUGGAAAAGAUGGGUUCGCUAUCAAAAUUUCUACUGAUAGCAUUUGAAAUAACGAAUGAACUUUACACAGCCCUAGGGGCAGGAGUUCUGGGCAUGGUCGUUCUACUAAAACAUGGUUUCCAAAAUCAUCAGUGCGUAAAAACCCUGUCGGUGGUUGCCUUCACGGCAGGAUGCUGGGUUUACAUUAAUAGGGAACAUGAAAGUCUCAAACCGUCCAAGAAGAAAGUAGUGUGUAUUACUGGAUGUGACUCGGGCUUAGGGUUUUCCUUAGCGCAGCAUGCCGUGCAAAUGGGGUUCACAGUGAUUGCGGGAUUCUUGAGUUUGGAUUCUAAGGGGUGUAAGGAAAUCAAGCAGUUAUUCGGGAGUAAUAUCAUCCAAAUACAGUUAGACAUAACAGAUAGCAGUAGCGUGCAAGCUUCGGUUCAAACAUUGGAACAUUUUUUGGGCAGAAAUCCAGGAUAUUCUCUGCAUGCAGUGAUAAAUAAUGCAGGUGUGAUGGUGUUUGGAGAGUUUGAAUGGUUAACAGAAAAACUCAUUCAACAACAACUCGACGUGAAUCUCAUGGGCACUUUCAAAUUCACUAAUGCACUGUGUCCUCUUCUCAGGCGUUAUAAAGCAAGAGUCAUCACAAUCACCAGUCACUGUGCCCAAACAACCCUACCCGGCCUAUCGGUGUACGGCGCCACUAAAUCGGCUCUAGCUGCCUGGAGCGACGCCUUCAGGAUUGAGAUGAAUAAGUACAGCGUUGACGUCCUAACCUUUAUACCCGGCUCGUUCACGACUCAGAGCAACAUAAUGGCUAGGCAGCUACAAAACGUGCAGGAGAUGCACGAUUCCUUCUCGCCAGAGCAGCACUCCUUCUACAGUGACUACUUUAAGGCUUUCAACAUGUACCUGUCUUUUCUGACGCCGCCUCCGAAACCCGUCAAAAUUGAUGACGAGCCGAUGUACAGGGUGUUCGAGAGGACACUUUUGGACAAGUACCCUGACGUGAUUUACAAACACGAACCGCUCCGGUACUGGUUUUACCACUUGCUAUUCAAGAUCAGUCCGCGGCAUUUGAGGGACUACUUUAUCAAGAAGUUCCUGCAGAUGCCGGAGUAUGUGCCGGCCGAAAGCAAGGAUUCCGAGGACGAUAUUGAUGAUAUUGAUGUUUAAAUAAAUUUUAUUUAGAAGCAUU